AUGGGUCCGGCGAGCAGCGGCGAUGAUGUUGGAGCUGGCUUUGGCGAGGUCAAGACAGAAGUCGCGGCCGAGGGCAGAGGAACCGCCGUGGUAGCAGCAGAGACAAACUGUUCAAAUGGCGAUAUCGUGAUUGCACAGUCAAGAGUCGGCACUCUACCAAGUGGGAUACCGUCUUUCAGUGUGGAGAUCACGAAUGCAUGCGCCAGAGGCUGCUCCAUCUCCAAUCUCCAUUUGAAAUGCGGUAUGUUUGCUUCGGCAGUUCUGGUGAACCCUAAAAUAUUCAAGCGUCAGGAUGUUGAUGAUUGCCUUGUCAAUGGUGGAAUUCCUUUAGCCGCGGGUUCUACCAUCUCCUUCAAGUAUGCCAACACUUUUCAAUACCCUCUUUCACUUGCUUCUGCUACAUGCGGCUAG